UUGCGGUGUCGCUGAAUUUGUAAUGCAGGAAGAAUUUCACCGUUUUACAGGCUAUUAUUGGGCACCCUCUUCAGUAUCAACAUCAAUAGAGGAACAUGUCGAACGAAUAUUAUAUUUACAAAUUUCAGAAUCUAUGGUAGAUUUGGUUUUAAUACCCCGACCAGGUCAACAAGGUGAAGCAGAAGAGUAUCGCUAUCCAAAAGCCGGUACGCCGAAUGCCGUUAGUGAUUUACAGAUCGUCGAGUUUAUUCCACGUUACAACGAAGAUGAGGAAGUAACAACCAGUCCUGUUCACAAAAGGCUUUGGGGUCCUGCAGCAUUGGACAAACUCUUCCCGUGGAAAGAGUACAUUGUUCGGUUUGGCUGGUGUCCAAAUGGUAAAAGUGUUUGGGUUCAGCUCCUUGAUCGUCCACAACGAAGAACAGCGAUUGUUAAAAUCCCAAUCGCCAACUUUAUGAGCCUAUCAGAAUAUCAGAAUGGUGGUGAAUUAGAUAAUUUUUGUGCGUCACAUAUAGAGGUUGUCUUUGAAGAAACAAGCGACAUUUGGAUUAAUAUAACAGAUAUUUGUUAUUUUUUUAAUGAUGAGAUUAUUUCAACGAAGAAUACAGAUACGAAUACAUCUUCGCCUUGCACGAAACGAUCUCAGUUACCUCCCACUAAGCUUAUCAUCACUUCUGAGAGUACUGGAUUUCGUCAUCUUUACCUCGUGACCAAGCCUUCUGCUGAAUCUUCGCACUAUCACGUUAGGCCUAUUACUGCUGGAGAUUGGCCUAUUGUAGAUAGACCGAUAUAUGUCGAUACCAAAAGAGAACUUGUCUAUUUUACUGCCAAAAAGGAUACGCCGUUGGAAGCUCAUAUAUAUGUAGCUAGUUAUGCCGAAACUGCAGAUCCUCACUCAGUGAUACGGCUCUCAGAACUAGGUUAUAGCCAUUUUGUGGUGAUGGAUGAAAAAUGUGAGAGAUAUCUAGAUUGGUUUUCAAAUAUAAAGGAAAAACCAAAAUGCGGGGUUCGAUAUUUCGAAUGGGAUGAAGGGCAAAUAUUUCCCAAAGUAAGUGAAACAUUAGGAAUCUUUGUGAAAGGCGGAAAUGAAGAAGAGGAAGUAAGGAGUAAUGAAGAUAAACGACAAAAUGAACGAAUUCCUACAGGGAAGAAAUAUCCCACUCUUCUGAGCAUAUACGGUGGACCUAAAUCGCAGAUGGUAACCAAUGAUUAUAAAUACCCACGACUUCUUCGAUUAUUUCUUGCAGCUCAUCUUGGUUUUUCUGUUGUUUUGAUUGAUGGCCGUGGGUCCUCAGAUCGGGGUUUAGCAUUUGAAUCCUAUCUUAAUGGUCGUAUGGGCACUGUUGAAUUAGAUGAUCAAAUUGCUGGAUUAAAAUAUUUAUCUUCAAUGAAUAUGGGUAUUGAUUUGGAAAGAGUUGCUAUCACUGGCUGGAGUUACGGUGGGUAUUUAAGUUUAAUGGCACUCGCGCAACAUCCACAAAUUUUCAAAUUGGCCAUUGCGGGGGCGCCAGUAACGCAAUGGGAACUUUACGACACUGCCUACACAGAACGUUAUAUGGGACUUCCAGAAGAAAAUGUUGUAGGUUAUCACAAAGGGAAUGUGUUAACAUGGGCAGAAAAAUUUCCUGACGGGGAGAAUCGUCUUCUCAUUGCUCAUGGACAAAUUGACGAAAAUGUACAUUUUAAGAAUUCCGAAUUAUUAGUUUCAUCUCUUGUAAAAUUUAAUAAGCCGCAUGUUUUACAACCAUACCCAACAGAAAGACAUGGAUUAAGACAUGCGAAUACUGGAAAAUCUACAUUAGAAAUGGCAAGUGUCAAAUUAUGA